GCAAAAGAUAUCAUGGAGCAGAUCUUGCGAAGCAAGUAACAGUUUAGCCACGGUAAGCAGGAUGAGAGCCUUUUUGUUGCGCUGACUUUUGUGUGAAUAGGGAUAGGGAGAGUUUUUGACUUCUGUGCAGAUCCUGUUAUGAGCUGGUUAGGGCGAUUUAGCACUGUUAAUCUCAACUGUGUCUAACAGGGCUAAAUCUUCCUUGUAGGCUCCUCAGAGGGGAACGUUUGCUUUCCUCUGUUUUAUUAAUACCCAUUGAAUAUUCAAAAAAAAAAAAGGUCUCACUUUGAAAUUCAUUCAGCUCUAAGUUGCUAGGUUUGGAAAAGAGCUACAUUCUGAGACCGGGUAACGAUAUGGCAGACAGCCUAGCCAAGGAUGGGGUGGGAAGAGUAGGUGAUCUGUUACGUAUUUAUCCUUAAUGAUGCUGCUUUAUAUGCUGUGAGCUGGCAGGUUCUUUUUUCUGCUCCUUUUGCUUUUAUCUCUAUGAUGUUGAGGAAUUUGAAGCUCCUGGUGAGUUUCCUUCCAUGUGUUCUGUAAAGGUGCUGUUUUUGCUCUUGUGAUCCUAGGCUAGAAAUCAGAUUUAUGCCAGUAAGGAAGGGAAACGGAAAGUCUGUUGUUUCCACUACUUACUGGUAUUCGACCUGAGAUAUUUGGAUUCUUGAUACUUUAUAGGAAAGCUUCUUUCGUAUAGAGCUCUUUGUAAUGGCCGUUUUUUGCAAGCCAGCUCGGCAUCUGACCAUAACACAAAGCCAGAGCCUUUUGUAAGUUCAGGGAUUCCCUGCUUGAUCAAUGAAACUACUCAUUACUUAUUCAAAAGACAAAAGUCUCACUUUGAAGUUUGAAAGCUUCUAACAAGCCUGUUGUAAGGUGGAGUCCGUGGCAGAUAGGCUGAGGACAAACUUUUUCCUGAGAAAUGGAGAGCUUGGUACAGAAGAAUCUUAGAAAGGAACUAAAACGAGGAAUGGAGCUAGCAAGGAAGCUCCAACUGCAUCUCAAAGCUUCAAAAGAAGCUCGUGAACUACACCGACAGAUUCUAUCUUCACAAGGAAAGGCACUUUCAAUGCUUAACCGCAGGACCUUCUCUAUGACCAAGCCACAUUCCAUAGCUCACAGCCCGUCUGCUCACAAUGGAAGUCCCCAUAGUGACGGCUUUGAUCUUGAUUUCCAGCAGCAAGAGUUCAAAGUCAAGGAUGCCUCCAUGAAAAGUGAGACAGCCGAAUCAAAGUCAACAAUAGUUGCAUCGGAAGUGUCUAAAUCCCCAUCUUUUCUUUGUGGAAGCGUCCAGAGUAAGGACUCUGACUACGAUUUCAAGGACAGAGAACUCAAAGUCAAUGAGGUCUCCACCAAAAGGAAGACAAUGUCGAGCUGGACAGAAUUGGUCCCAUCGGAUACGGACCUAGGGCUAGGGGAACCCCUUCCUGAUGGUUACAAUUGGAGGAAACAUGGACAGACAGAUAUUGUUGGAGCAAGAUAUCCAAGAACGUACUACAGGUGCGCACAUCUACUUACUGUAGGCUGUUUGGCUACAAAGCAAGUCCAAAGAGUAGAUGAAAAUCCAAUGAUCUUCAGUGUUACUUACUCUGGAAAGCACACUUGCAAUCUGGCCUCCGAUGUGAUGCCUCCAAGACCACCCCAAAUACUAGCUCAUACGGAUACUGCAUGUGGCGUAGAUGGAAAUGACAAACAAGAUUCAAAAUCUAAUCUUCAGUCAAGUGUAUACAAUCCUCACGAUCAAACUUGCAUUUCAUCAACAGAGCUGAUGAGUGAGCUUCCAACUUUUGGCCUCAACCUGAAUGUGUUUCCCGAGGAAUCAUCUGAGUCAUAUCCAGUGUGGAAAGACUUUCAUGGAUAUCAAGUGAGAAAGAACUGGAAGUUGCUGAACAGGAAGAAGGAUGUGCUACUUCUACUUUCAUCUUAUCCUAUGAUUAUGAUUGACAAAUUUGACUCAGAGAAAUGGAUUACCGAUGUACUGGCAAUCAUGAGAGAUGCAAAAUCAACAGAAAAGAUGUUAUUUGGUGAAAAGGUAGCGGAAUAUUGGGACGUAAUAAUGAGGCUACAUGACCUUUCAGGAAGCUUGCAAAAGUUGCUGAAUGUUCCCUUGAUGAAUGAUAUCGAGGGAGUUUUACCAGGAGACAUAGUCGAGAACCUUUAUAGGCCUGCAGAUGCUGAUUCAAGACCCCUGUUGGAAGUGGAAAAAAUUAUAAUUAGUGGAAAGACAUCAAAAUCUAGAGGUUCACCAAGUCACAGUGAAGGGGCAGCAAUAGAAGCUGAAAAUGAAUUGCAGCCAAUGCCUGCAAGAUGUAAAAUUCAAAUAGAAGAGACUGAGUUGUCAGCCAAAGAAACUGUACCAGAAGAAAUAUUUGACUCUGCAGUUGAUUUAGCUGUUUGUCAGAUCUUAAAAUGUAUAAGCAGAGGAGAUAUCAGGUGCAUUACAAUCAGUGGAAGAGAUAAGAAAAGGGUGAUAGAAGCAAUAAAGCACCACCAAAAUAUAGGUUCCAAGUUUGGAUAUAUCAUUGAAUUUACUGUGGCUGAACAUCAAAUUGUGGCAAAGGUUCAUGGGGUCUUUCACUUACAGAAGGGUUUCUGUCUAGGUAAAUACUCUGAUUCUGUUGAAUAUUCUGACAACUUGUGCUCCCCAGGAAUCUUGUUGCUAAUGGAGGAUGAUUAUAAUAAGAACAUGAACCUCGAUCACUCUACACUCCCAUUUUCGAUAAACAUUAACAAGCUGCUUGACCAGAUACAUAGUGAUUCAAGGUUCAUAAUCUUUACUUCUAAAAUAGCAGCAGACAUGGAGAUCAGAAUGGAGGAUCAUUUGUUGUCGUGGAAAUUGUUUUUUAGGAUUGUGGGUGAAGGUUUCCUUUCUCCUAGUAUCCAACAGAUAGCAGCAUGUAUGGUGAAAGAGUGCCGUGGCAAUCUACUUGCCAUCAUUCUAAUGGCCAGGUCCUUGAAGAAAGUUACUGAUGAUGUCCAAUUGUGGGAACUUGCUGCUCAAAGAUUGACCAUGCUACCUCCAUCUCAGAUAGAAGAUAUAGAUAAUGUCCUGGUUAACACAUUAACAUUCAUUUGGGAACGUAUGAACAAUAAAACAAGACAUUGCAUUAAGCUUUUUACAAGGUAUCCCGAGGGACUGGCAAUCCACAGAAGCUCAGUAAUACAACGUUGGAUCUGGGAUUCUCUGGUUGAUACCUAUGAUGAAGGAACCCAUAUUCUCCAAAGUCUUGUUGAUGCAUUCUUGCUUAAUAUUGUGGAGUUAAAUUGUGUCCAACUGCGAAGAGAGAUCUAUGAUGUAUUAGUAAAGCUACUAAUUCCCCAAAUGCAUCCAUUAUAUCUUAUGCAAGGCGGGUUGAGAUUGAUUAAACCACCAAAAGAAGAGGAAUGGGAUGCCAAAGAGAUCCAUUUGAUGGAUAAUAAAUUAUAUGACCUACCAGAAUCUCCAAAGUGCCCCUCACUAUUUGCAUUGUACCUUCAGAAGAACUUGGAUCUGAUGGCUGUCCCUUCUUGUUUCUUCACGCACAUGCCUCUGCUUCAAAUCCUAGACUUAUCACAUACCAGUAUCAAAUCUUUGCCAGAGUCACUUUCUAGUUUGGUUAAACUUCGAGAACUCCUUUUGAAAGGCUGUGAACUCUUCAUACAACUCCCUAGCCAUGUUGGAAAACUGAAGAAUCUUGAGAAGCUGGACCUUGAUGAAACUCAGAUUAUAGAUCUCCCGGUAGAAAUAGGACAUCUUUCAAAAUUAAAAAUUUUGAGGGUCUCAUUCUACGGAUACGUGAACUGCAGCAAAACAUGGUCGCAGAGAGAUACUAUAAUUCACCCUGGAAUUAUAUCGGGUCUCUCUGAACUAAUUGAAUUAAGCAUUGAUGUUGAUCCAGAUGAUGAACGUUGGAAUGCAACUGUGAAAGCUGUUAUUGAGGAAGCUUGCAACCUGAAAACUUUAAGACAGCUUAAUUUGUACCUGCCAAGCAUUGAAAUUUUGUGGAAACGCAGAACAGGUAGCACAUCAUUGCUCCGUUACCCCUUGCCACGUUUCAGAUUUACUGUUGGUAAUCACAAACAGCAGGUCAUAUCUCGAGUACCAGAAGAAGUUGAAGCUCACUUCAACAAUGGUGACAAAUGCUUGAAGUUUAUCAACGGCAAGGAUAUUCCUAAUGAAAUGAGAACGGUACUCAACCACAGCACAGCUUUUUUCCUGGAAGGUCAUGCUACCGCGAAGAGUUUGUCAGAUUUUGGAAUUAAGAAUACCAGGCGGCUAAAAUUUUGCUUAUUGACAGAAUGUAAUGAAGUCCAAACCAUCAUUGAUUGUGCAGAGUUUUCUGAAGAACAAACUGAUGCGCUUGGAAAUCUACAAGACUUGAAUAUAUAUUACAUGAAGAAUUUGGAGAGCAUUUGGAAGGGGCCUGUUCAUAAGAACUGCCUAGCUAGGCUGAAGUUCCUUGCACUUCAUAAAUGCCCCAGAUUGAGUACCAUUUUCUCACCAGAUUUGGUUGCUAAUCUUGCCAAUUUAGAAGAGCUCAUCGUUGAACACUGCCCUCAACUGACCAGUCUUGUGAGCCUAAUAGGUCAUGCGUCCAGUAACUCAGCACCACAACCAAAUUGCUUUCUUCCAAGCUUGAAGAGAAUAUCACUGCUUUACGUGCCAAAUCUUGUUAGCAUUUCUAGUGGUUUGCGUAUUGCACCAGAACUGGAAAAAAUAGGCUUUUACAAUUGCCCGAAGCUUAAGAGUCUUUCUACGAUGGAAAUGUCAAGUGACCAUUUGAAGGGGAUCAAAGGAGAAAGUCGCUGGUGGGAAGCAUUGGAGUGGAAGAACUCAGAGUGGGGGAACCGGCUGGAUUAUCUGCAUAGUAUCUUUUCCCCACUUCUUAAGGAGAGAGAUGUGAAGGCUCAAUUGGUGGAAGAGGGAAUUAUGCACCAUGCUUCAACUUGAACAAGGAGAGAGAUGUAAGGGCACUGGGGAAUAGCCAGGUGAUUUCUUUUGAAUUAAGAGAGUGUCCUCUAUAUGUCAUGCAAGUAGUACUAGUAAAUAAACAGAUAAUGGGCUUAAAAAUGGAGGAUGAACAAUUCACGAAGAGCUAAUGUCUGAUUCCCCCAACCCUCCCCAAAAGAAAAAAUCAACAAAAACAAUAAGAAGAACCACUGGGCACUUUUGUCCUUUUGUUUUUUGUCAGAGUUCUCUAUGUUUUACAGACUAUAGUUCCCAUUGUCCAUGAUUAAGUGAUUGGUCCUGGACAAAACUGUAUUUCCAGGAGUCCAGAAGCUAAAUGUGGAACCAUGACAAUUUACUGCCUAAGGACAUGCUGAAGGUCAAAGCCUCACCAACAUGGGUUAUGGUUUAUUUUCUCUGAUUGGGCAUCUGCAGGCGUAGCUUGCUGGGAGUGCAUAAACCUUUUCUUCCUGAUAUAAAACCUUUUAUUGGAUUUAGAGAGAUACAUUUCCAACAUGGAUAUCAUCACGGUAGGGGUUCAAUGCCAGAACAUUUGGAGGUAUUUCAAAAAUAAGUUGUUUGCUAUAAUCCUAGUCAAGUUUUAUUCUGAUUAUGUCGAAAUUGUGUUUUUAGUAAAUACCUACAACUGCAGCAGCAGUUGGAAAUAAAGAGCUUUUGCAUUAUUUUGUUUUC